AUGCAGCUAAACGCCCACCCACGAUGCGCGGCCGGAGCCGUGCGGUGCAGCGCGACGGGCGCCAAUGGGCGUGCUGUGGUGGCCAGGGGGGCAGCGGCGCAGCGGCGCCGCAACAUCGUGGCGCGCGCCGCGGAGGUUGAGGAAGACACUGAAAUCGAUCCUUACACCGGCCUGGUGAUUGCCAAGCGCUCCGCUCUGAACCCUGUCGCCGGCUUCACGCUCACCGCCGGCGGCCACGAGUGGGCGUACCGCCGCAGCGAGGUGUCUGAGGGCGCCGCGGAGCAGGGGACGCCUGACGUACUGCUGCUGCACGGCCUGGGGUCCAGCGGGUACAGCUACCGCAACACCCUGGCGCUCCUGGGGGGAGCCGGGGUGUCUGCAGUCGCGCCCGACUGGAUCGGCCACGGCGACAGCGCCAAGCCCGCCCCGGCCCGGUUCAAGUACUCUGAGUCGGCCUACAUCGAGGCACUGGGGGCGUUUGUGGCGGCCCUGGACAUAAAGAAGCCGCUGGCCCUGGUGGUGCAGGGCUCGGUCCUCAGCCACUACGCGCUGCUGUGGGCCCUGGACAACCCGGCCCUCAUCGACCGCCUCAUAAUCCUCAACACGCCCCUCGCCACGUCGUGCAAGCUGCGGCCAGAGCUGGCGGCCUACAAGAACCCCAUCCCCUUCCUGCGGCCAAAGCCCGACGCGGUCUUUGAUGGCACCCUCUUCAACAUGUCUGGCAGCCCCUACGCCAUGCUGGAGGCGGAUGCCCUGGCCUACGGGCGGCCCUACAAGGAGAGCCCCGCAGCCAGCGCCGCGGUGUGGGCCACCAUGGACGCCAUGCCGGCCUGGGGGGACCUCAUUGGGAAGAUCGACGAGGGCUACCGCCGCUGGAAGCAGCCCAGCCUGCUGCUGUUCGGCGCCAACGACCCCUUUGUCGACACGCGCAGCGCGUUUGCGUUCCUGGAGACCAAGCGCACCAACAUGCGGACCACCACCGUCGCCGCCAAGCUGGGCCACAUGCCGCAGGAGGACUUUGCUGAUGCCAUCCACCCGCCCCUCCUGGGCUUCCUCAAGGGGGAGGACCCCAAGGAGGCAAAACUGGCCAUGCGCAUGACUAAGUACGGCCUGGAGGGGGCAUGA